CGUUGCAGACAUUCAAUUUUUGAAUUCGCUAUGAGCUCCAGCCUCAACAACAGCCUCUCUUUUGACGUCCCCAUCGGAGAUACACCUCCGAAGACAAGAACUCCUUUAAGACCCAGAACCCCUUUCAGAAAUAUCGGUACUACCGAGGAUCUCAAUAAAAAGUUGGAAUCAGCAUCUGAACGUCGAAAACAGGCACUUGAGGUGAUACUUCUUCCUAGUUAA